AGAAUAUUUCCUUGGUCGAAAAAAUAAUUUUGGCGCGUUUUGUCGCAGGAACGACAAGAAUCAACGAUUGUUAAACAAUAUACUGUUGUGUAGAAAAAAGAAAUUACAAUAAAUUAUGUCGACUACAGUUUGGACGCAAAGAUUGAAUAAUUUGCAACCUGGCAUUCAAAAUUCUAUUGUAAUUGGAAUAAUAAUUCAGAGUGCCAAUCCAAGAAUAUUUGAAUCUAAUAGUGGAAAAUUUAAUGAAAUAAAACGAGCUGUUUGGACCUUUACUUUGCGUGAUUCGCCUGAUGAUUUUCUUAACGUGACUGUUUGGGGAAGCUCAAAAUAUGUCGAUUCUCUCUUCAAUAAAUUUACACUAGGUUCUAUUGUUGAAAUUAUAAGCGGCAAAGUGACCAGUCGAAAAGUAGAUGAUCCAAAUGAAACAUUUCUCCCAACAGUCACAAGCCAAUUAAAUAUUACUGUAAAUGAAGGGAAUUCAUUGAUACAAAAUCAUAAUAAUCAAAAAAUAAUUGCUCAAUUGGAACCGUUGCUGAAAUUACCAACAAAAUCAAUGAAUUCAUUAAGAUCUUUGAAAUUUGCUUUGGAACACAUUGAAGAACUCAAAGAUCAAUUUAUUGAUCUUCUUGUCGUCGUUACUUUUAUUGGCGAAAUUCGUGACAUAAUAAGUCGAGAUGGUCGAAAAUUCAAGUGUCGUUCCUUUGAAGUAACAGAUCAUUCAGUGAAUAAAGUUAUUUCAUUUCAACUUUGGGAUUUGGAAUGGAUUAGGUUAUCGGAACUUUGGGAAACUCGUAAAACAGUUUUAUUUUUAGCCGAUAUUCGUAUUGGAUAUGAUAAUUUUAAGAAACGGAUAAAUAUGUCUAUAGCUAAGAAGACUUUGAUCACUGAAAAUCCAAGUAUUCAACAGGCAAUUGAUUUGAGACUUGCUGUUUCAAAUAAACCAGAGUUUACUCACACAGAUCCUUAUUCUAUUCCAAAUUUGAAGUGCAUUACCUCAGUAAUGACUGUGCAACAAAUUACCGAAAAAUUAAAUACACAAUCAUCAACUUUAAUCGAAAGUUCUGAAAGAAUUCAAUUUUUUGUCAUACUGUAUGCGACAUUGACUGAAAUCAAUUUGGACAGUAGAGAUGAAAAUUUAAUAACAACAAAGUGCGCUCUGUGCAAGAGAUUCGUUAAAAAAGGUCAAGAUUCAUGUAUGAAUUUGGAAUGCCCUAGUGGUAACGGAAGUCAAAAACCUUAUAAUCUAAUUAGUUUCAAUUUAAAAUUGAAUCUAAAAGAUAACACUGGUUAUCUUAUUGGUUGUAGAUUUAUGGGAAAUGCAGUUGAACAAUUUAUUGGAUUCACAGCUACGGAAUUUCAAGCAAUGAAAGAAGAACAACGAAUGGAAAUAAAAUGGCAAUUUCUUUCCUUCAAAUAUGCUGUUCGAAUGCAAAUUUUAGGACCAACAUCAUCAAUAAAUCAAGCGGUUUAUAAUAUUUUAUCAAUGACAAAAAUUGAAGAUUCUGAAGAUACAUUUUUCGACAAUAUUGUCGAUCAAUUACCAUAAAAUUGAUUGUGAAAAAAAAAUUCUUCGGAAUUUUCAUUGAAGAAUUUUCAUUAAAAAUUGUACAAAAUCAAUUUUAUUUUCAAAUUUUUAAAUUAAUAAUAAUCAACCUACAAAGUAGGUUUUAAAUAAUGAAUUUAAUAUAUAUAAAAAAUAAUUGAAUACCGAUAACAAAUUAAACAAUUAUUUAUUAUCAUUUUUGUGUGGGGAUUAAAUUUUCUCAAUAAUUUCUUAAUUGUAGUUUUAAACUUUAAUUUAAAAUUAAACAUUCGUAAUUAAAAUACCCAGUUUAGGUUCAAUUUAUACUGUAAAGAAAAAAUUAUAUGUAAUACAGUUUAAUAUAUUAUAAAACAAUAAAAUGAAACUGAUUAUUUAACAAAAUAGACUGUUUUUUGAUUUAAGUCUUUUUUUUAUUAUAUGGGUAUGUC